GUGGGUUUGACAUUAGGUCCGGGUUUUACCUCAGCUUUCUUUAUUCCACCCUACCUCCCCGUUUCUUUCCCUGUUUAAUGCGCCCCAGCCUGCCGUAUGUGUCUAUUUAUUUAUUUAUGCUUUCUGUCUCACAGUAUUUAGUUGUUUUGUUUUAAGUUUUAGACGUUCCUCCAAUGAGAAGGCGUAAAAGAUGGAGCUUCAUAUUUUAGAGCACAGCUUGAAAGUGGCGAGUAUAGAGAAAGAGGGGAUCGAGAUUUGCACCCAUGGAUUAAUAAAACUCGCCUUCCUGGCCUCCAAAACAAGAUGCAAGUUCUUCAGUUUGACAGAGACUCCAGAGGACUACACUAUCAUCGUGGACGAGGAAGGAUUUAAAGAGCUGCCUCAGUCAAAUCUCAUCAGUGUUGCCGAUUCAACAUGGCUGGCGCUCAAUGUGGUUUCCGGCGGCGGCAACGCUUCCAGCUCGCAGCCUAUCGGCGUCACCAAAAUCGCCAAAUCAGUCAUCGCGCCAUUGGCUGACCACAACAUCUCUGUUUUCAUGCUGUCAACGUAUCAGACCGACUUCAUCCUGGUCCGAGAGCGCGACCUGCCGAUGGUCAUGCACACUCUGUCUUCCGAGUUCACGUUGUUCCGGGUUGUCAAUGGAGAAACAGUCGCCGCACACAAUCUGGGAAUCUCCAACGGAUUUGUGAAGCCAAAACUUGUGCCCCGCCCCAUCAUUCACCCUCUGUCCAGCCCCAGCAACAUGUUUUGUGUGACCAGCUUGGACCCAGACACGCUGCCCUCCGUCGCCACGCUGCUCAUGGAUGUCAUGUUCUACUCUGUAGGGUCAAAAGAGGUCGGGGCGACCAGCGAGGACUCCAGUCACAUCCGUUUCUUCUCCUUCUCGCUGAUCGAGGGCUACAUCUCGCUGGUCAUGGACGAGCAGACGGCUCAGAGGUUUCCAAACAACGUUCUCUUCACCAGCGCCUCUGGUGAGCUCUGGAAAAUGGUUCGAAUUGGAGGACAACCUUUAGGCUUUGAUGAAUGCGGCAUCGUGGCUCAAAUAUCAGAACCUCUGGCAACAGCUGACAUUCCUGCUUAUUACAUUAGUACCUUCAAGUUUGACCACGCUCUGGUCCCGGAAGAGAACAUCCAAAGUGUGAUCAGAGCUCUGCGGACCGAGAGCACAGCGCAGUGAACGACCUUGUUUUGUUUUUUGUUGUUUUUCCCCAGUCAUUUCGUUCAAACGUUUAUCAUUGCCCAUAAAGUGCCAAGAGUGUGUUGGUGGGUUGCUGUGGAUCAGCUCAGAGAAGAAGGAGGCUUCUGCUGCCAUCACUGUUGUUUUUCUCCCUGGAGCCCCCUGCUGGCCGCCGGCCGCCACUGCUUUAGUUUGCUACACUUGAUGUUUCUUUACCUCUAAAAGCUGCUUCCUCCCACCAGCACCAUACUGUAAAACCUACUUCAAUCCUCUCAAGGAAGAAUGACGAAUGUACUCCAAAUCAAAGAAAUAUUCAGUAAGCUCUCCAUCUCUCCCCUCCCCGAUCAUUUUCUCAGUGCCAAUGUGCUUGAACGCCGAACCCAAUGCCUUGUCUGACCGCUGCGCGUUUGCAGUGAAGGAGGCGGUUUCAUAGUUAGACUUUUCAUUUUAUCUUUUAGUCCUUGUUAAACUGAACCAGCAAUGACCUGACCCAGUCCUUCACACCUUAUGGUUAUUAUGGGAAGUCUGGUCUGGCGACACAUGAAGGAAAUCUUAAGAUGUGCUUUGGGAUGUUUGGUGAAUUCACACUGUGAGCAGCCUGGCUGAUUUUAGAACUGUGACUCAAAUGAACUUUUUUUUUUUUUCUAUCUUGAAUUUAGCAUUAAUUACUCUUCGUAAUCUAAUAAAUCAAUAUUUAAAAUUGGAACCUAAAAGAUUUGAUUUCAGGUUUAUAUGAAACACUUUAAAGCACUCCAUCAUUAUUGCACAGUUGUUGUUUAUUGUAACAACAACAUCAUUUGGGAGCUUUACACCUCCCAAAUGAAAUAUUUCACAAAACUUUGUCUCUAAAACCUAAACUGGUUUCUGGAAUAACUUGUAAGUUAAAUAACUUACAAGUUAGUUUUUUGAUUUUAACAGAGAUGCAUUGUAACAAACCCGACGAUUCUCACCAAUUUGAAGUUAUCAAAAUUGUAGAAAUGUAUGGAUAUGUUUUAUAUCUUAUUUCACUAUUGACAUAACAAUUUGCAUUCCCUUAUAUUAGCCAAUCUGGAAAAAAAUUCAUCGCCGUAAUGCUUCUGCUGGUUUCCAUAUGACGUCAGAAUUAUUAUUCUGGGUCAUAUAUUAUUAAAUAUUAUUUAAUGUGUAACUAUUUUGUUCAGUAGAGACAUCUAAUCGGAAAGAAAAAAAACAUGUAAGGAAAAACUGCUAAGUAGCAUGAGCACUGACCGCUCUAUUAAGGAGCGUUAACACUCUUGAAUAAUAAAAAAAAAGGUUUAGAAAAUGAUGCCAAAAUUAUUUUUGAGAUAUUUAAACUCUGGAUCUUGGUCCCUUCAUGGAAACAGGAAAUUCCAGCUGUAACUUGUAAUUCCACUUCUUGGUAACAUUCACCUUUUCAACUUGCUUUAGCCACCAGCUACAACAGUAAGAACCUGUUCUGAUUUAUCUGUUAAAGUUCUGAUUUUAACUUUGGGUCUGAACAGGGAGAGAAUCGGGCUCAGCACCUUCAGUUCUGCUUGAGUCCCCUGUGAAAACAAGAGCCUGACUUAAAAUGAUUUUUAUUCAUAAAACUGAUGUCCAAAUUACAGAAGUUCUCCAGCCAAGAACAAGCAGCUGUUUUUCCAUUUCUAGCCAAAAGUUGGUCUUGACUGACUAAAAUUUUAAACAUUUUGAUGAAAUCCUGAAGUUGUUUUUGACCAGAUUAGGAGAGAAUACAUUUUGAAUACAGAAACAUGAGUCAGCUUGAACCUCCAUAGCAUUAGAUACAGAAACAGCCAUUCAUAUGAGCCAUAAAGCAUCUGAAGCAAACCAAAAUGUUUUUUUCUUCAUUUAAAUGAACAAAACUAAGCUUUCAAUGAUGCUUUCCUAAUGCUUAAAUCAACAUUUUCACCAGAAACGGCUGGAAACUUGGCUAUCUGUGCUUUUUCCCUUCCUGUCGGGUUUUUAUUGUUGCAGAAAGCUGCAAAAUAAAAACUUCACAGAUUAAUGCGUCCUUAAGGCAUUGCACGAUAAUCUUUAAAAACUCCUUUUGAUUUAAAAAUUACUUAAAACAAUUUUAUAAGUAAAUUAUGUGCCGUUUAGCCAGUCAGACCAGUUUUAAAACUCCAUUGUUGGGCCAAUCAGUUGAUCCUUUUUGAGUUGUACACUGCAUUAAAAAAAUCCUUCAACUAUUAUCAAGGGCUUAAAGAAGAUAAUUAGGACCACUGAAUAAAAACAGAAUUUUGAAUUUAAUCUCAGAAUUUAGACUUUUUUUCCUGAAUUCUUUGAAUUCUAAUUCUGCGUCAAAAUAUAAAAAUCACUUGGCUGUUUCUUCCUUGUUUUAGAAUUGUAAACGUUACCCACACUAAAAGCCUGUACCUAGAGUUGAGUUUUAAGACUAGAUUUGGAUAAAAUUGCGCAUAAACAAUUCUGAGAAAAAAAAGUUAAAAUUUUGAGAUUAAAGUCAGAAUUCUUUUUUUUAGCAUCUCUAGUCCUCUUAAGUGUUUACACUUUAAAACCAACUGUUUCACCUCAGAACAAGCCAAUAAAAACCUGCACUCUGUGAUGUUUUUCUGAUGCUGCUGUUGCUCACAGUGUGACGCCGCAGUGAGACUUGAUGAAUGGUGAUCUACAGUCGUAAUAAAUUACUGAGCCACUUUGAAAAUGUGCUGAACAUAAGCUACGGUUCACAGGGGGAAGGAAGGCUCCUCUCCAACCCCUGGUGUCCAUUUAGGUCUUGAAGCCGCCCCCCUCCGGCUCCAGUCUGCACUUUAACACAGGUCCCCCCCCCACACUGACCUGCUGUACUGAUGUGAAACCAGAGAGGACUUCUCACUUCACGAUGAUUUUAUCCACGUGGAAGAAGUUGUGACGAUGUUCUCCCUGGCCUUCAGCCUCUGAUCAGAUUAGUAGAAAUCAUGUCUAUCAGUGUUAAAACUCCAGGAAGGUAACUUUUGUUUUUCUGAUUGCAUUUCAAAGAAACAUGUUAAAAGCUUUUCAUUUGGAGCUUCUCGUGUGAAAACAAAAUAAACGAGCUGUUUUUUUUUUUUUU